AUGGAUUUUGAGCAAUGUGUGGAAGUUGGCUCAUACUUCGAAAUGGAUUUUGAGCAAUGUGUGGAAGUUGGCUCAUACUUCGGUAGUGGAAGGGAAGGCGAGGAUGAAGGCAAUGUUGCUUCCGGUGGUUCGGUUUCUAAGAGAGGCAUCCGCAAUGUUGCUUCCGGUGGUUCGGUUUCUAAGAGAGGCAUCCGUGGGCCUAUGGAUAGAUACAUGGUUAAAGGAAAUUCAAGUGGUGAGCAAACAACUAUUGCACCUCCUCAAAAUGCAAAGGAACUACGCCAACAAGUAUGUUUAGAUACUGGGAGGUUUUUUUAUGAAAAUGCAAUUCCUUUCAAUGUGGCAAGGAGUCCCUCAUUUGUUAACAUGCUUCGAUCGGUUGGUGCAUAUGGUCGGGGACUUAAGCCUCCCACCAUGUACGAGCUUAGGACAUGGAUUUUGAAAGAAGAAUUGAAAACAACGAAAAGAUUUGUUGAUGACAUCAAGAGUACAUGGCCAGUAACGGGGGUUUCAAUCAUGUCUGAUGGUUGGCAAGAUGUUAGACAUAUGAGUCUAAUUAAUUUCCUUGUCAAUAAUCCAAGUGGUACAGUUUUUUUGAAGUGUCUUGAUGCAUCUGAGCAUGUUAAAGAUGCUAAAUUGUUAUUUCGGUUACUUGAUGAGGUUGUUGAGGAAGUUGGUGAAGAAAUUGUGGUUCAAGUUAUAACCGAUAAUGCAAUUGAGGCAACCAUUAGAAUCUAUGCAAGCAAAGCUGAUGGAAAAGAAGCGAGGAAAAUAAUUCUGAAGGAUAACAACUUUUGGCUAAGCUUGAUUUAUGCUAUCAAGACUACAAAACCUUUGGUGGAAUUGUUGAGGCUAGUUGAUGGAGAAAAAGAGCCUGCUAUGGGUUUUCUUUAUAAUGCAAUGGAUGAAGCCAAAGAGAAGAUAGCAAAGAACUUGGGUGGUGAAGAAAAAGAUAACAAGGAGAUAUGGGAUAUUAUUGAUGAGAAAUGA